AUGCCUUUCGCCGCUACUGAGCUGAGUCAUUUGGCCGCGUUUGAUCGAAAUAAGCAUUGGGGUUCUUGCGUGAUAGCUCUGGCUUGCUUGGCUUGCUUGGCUAUGGGCGACUGCCACGCGGUGGAAUUAGCCCAGCAGAGCCACUACGAGGUCCUUAGGACCAUGGGCGGAUGCCUUCUGCCUACGGAGGUUGUAGCCUUUCGCCGUCCUUUUCCAAGGACCGCUUUCCGGGAAUUCCUUUGCAUAGAUGAUCAUGUGUCAGUCCAGAUCUUGAGUCGAGCAGCGGCACUACGGAAGGAUCCAGCCCGAGACACUCGUGUCUUCGAGCAAUCUCAUGUUGCUUAUGCCGCAGUUGGCUUGCACCCACAUCCGAAGAAGUGUCAACGCAAUUUGCAUCAAGCUACCCUCCUGGGCGCGGACAUUGAUGGUCUCUUGAACGUCCUCGUUGGCUGCUGGAUUCACGUGCUGAUGUACCGGAGGCCUGCGCUUUGCAUUUUGGACCAGUGCUUCAAAGAUGCCGCCAGGCAUCCCUGCGAUGUGGUUGUGCGACUCUCGCGCCGCACUAUGAAUGAGUUGCUGGCGGUUUCUUGCAUCGGCCCUUUGCUUCAGACUGACCUUCGUGUUGGCUGGUGUGGCGAGCUCUUCUGUAUGGAUGCCAGUCCGACUGGCGCUGGCCUGUGUGCGGCCUCCGUUCCUGCUACAGCCGUUGCCGAGCUUCAUCGCUUCGCGGAGCAGCGGGGUUACUACACAAAGCUGGAAGCACCCGCCACGGCCACUCUUCGUGAGCUGGGCCUCGAGACCGAGCCGACUUACUUUGACGCUGAAGCUCCUGCUCCACGUCUUGAGAUCCCGCUGCCCCGGUCCUUGUCGGAAGGUAUCCUUUAUGACUGCUGCGAGCUUUUCCACGAGCCUCGCACUUGGAGCCUUCAGCACGCCGCUUUAGGUCUUGAGGUUCUUAGAAUUCCUAGUUCGGGGGGUUCUGAGGUUCGGUUCAACGAUCUUCUUCAGCGUGUGGUUUUCCAGGAGUUGGUUUCCCUUGCCCUGCGGGGAGUUGUUCGUGACUGGCAUGCGGGCCCACCAAGCGUGCCCUUUUGCAGCCCAUACCACCCGGCACUUCGCUCCGCAGGCUUCACAGCGAGUGCUCCUGCUUCGGCAGAGCUAGCCGCUGCUCGCACCACGUUGGGUAUUAGGUUGGGGUUGCUCUUCUGCAUCAUUGCUUUUUCUGGGAGUUUCUUCUCGAUUGAGCAACCGGGCUCCAGCUUGCUGUUUACACUUGACUGUUUCAAGCGAGCUUUGCAGUGCCGCGGUCAGUUGGCUGAGUACUGCUACUGUAGCUUCGGGUGUGCCUGCAAAAGGUCUUCAGUCUGGUUGCACAACAAACCUUGGAUGAUCGACCUUCCUCGAGAAUGCUCUUGCUUGAUGCGCGCCUCGCGCUUUAGCACUGCCGGGCGCUUUGAUGCUAACAAGAUAUCGGCGUUCGAGCGCUGUUGCACGCCGUCCUGCAUGUGUUUGGAGGUUUCGGAAUUUCUGCUGCAGUACCCGCUGCCUCUUGUCCGGCAGUUGGCAGCCGGGAGCUUGGCUGCAAAGUCAGGCUUGUGUAAGCCCUUCCCUCUCUCUGCUUUGUGGGGUGCGCCUGCUGUGCUCGAGUCAAUCGCUGAAGACUGUAUGCGGUCGGAUUUCGAGCUCUACCAACCCCGUGCACCGCAUGACGAUCCGGAGUGGAUCGGUGAGCUUGCUGAUAGCCUGCCCUUCAGGGAAGUGCUUAGGUAUCGGUUUGCAAAGCCCAACCACAUUAACAUUCUUGAGGCUCGCAUGUUUAAGACCUUCCAGAAAUACCUCGCCCUGCGUUCCCCUGACAGCAGGAGCUUGUCGAUGCUAGAUAGCAGGGUUACCGUGGGCGCUGUUGCCAAAGGUCGCUCCUCGAGCCCCGCCUUGGUUCGAGUGUUGCAAGGAACAUUGCCUUACACGUUGGGAGGUGGGCUCUACAACGGGGCGCUGCACGUGUACUCUGCACAGAACCGCUCCGACGGACCUUCGCGUGGAAAGGCCGUGGACCCGCCCACCAAGGAGCUCCCUCUGUGGUUCACGGAGCUUUGCCAAGGCAGGACAUAUCGGUUCGACUUGGUCGUCGCUGCAGCUUCGGUCCCCAGAGUCGCCGGCAGAUGGCUGAGAUUGCUGUUGCUGCUAGGCGGCGACAUCGAAACAAACCCCGGUCCAGCCUUGCGGUCUCAGCGAGCUCCACGCGGCCCGUUGGACUUGCGUUCGGGGUUCACCCGGGGCGCAGCUGACCGGAUGGCGAAGUGUCUGGACGCUUUUAAAGUGUGGGUGCAAAGUGAGCUUUGGAUACCGUUCAGUGUCCUGUGCUCUGAGCCGGGGCCUCUUGCUCUCGCGCUCAGGGGCUACGGUUUGCACCUUUACUCUGCAAGUUUUCCCAGAUACCUUUUCGUGUAUGCCAUCACAGCGAUUCAGGACGCCUUCCCUGCUUACCGCCAGCUGAUGACUCCAGCUUGGCAAAUCGACAAGAAGUGGCAAUCCGCAGAACCCGGUGAGUGCCGCCCUGUGAUCUCUGUACCGAUUGUGCAGGCACUCACGACUCUUGGGCUCAUGUGGAGAUGGCCUCGCUUCGUCGGGGUCGUCCUCAUAGGGUUCCUGUGUAUGCUUCAUCCGUCUGAGUAUUUGCCUUUAACCCGGGGUGACUUGAUCCUUCCUGAAGACGUGUUCAGCAAAGAUCGCAUCGCUUAUGUUUCGGUCAAGAAUCCCAAAACAGCUCGGUUUGCUCGCCGUCAGCAUUGCCGACUCGAGGACGACUCAGUUCUUCGUUUCAUCGAAGCUUUGUUUGGGCCCCUCCCUUUCGAUGGCCGCCUUUAUCCUGGCAGCAUGAACACCUUCCGCAGCCAGUGGAACGCAGUGAUGCAAAGACUAGGAAUCCCCUACAAGAAGGCUGAUAAAGGCGUCACUCCAGGCGUUCUGCGAGGGAGCGGGGCUACCCAUCUUUACCUUGAAACGGAGGACUUGGUCAAGGUUGCAUGGCGCGGCAGAUGGGCUCGACAAAAGACUGUCGAGUUCUAUUUGCAAGAAGUUGCUGCACAAGUCGUUCUGCAAAGUCUACCGCCUGAAAGCCGUGCGAGAAUCGCCGGUCUGGCCGAAUUCUCGUCACGAGUGGUCGAGGUGUACACGCGUGGUGUUCAACCCUCGAAGCAUCCUAGGAGUGGAUAG